AUGCUCAAUCGAUCGCUUUUCCAGCUCCACGUUUCCGACGUCGUGCUCAUCAGCACAUGGCUGAGGAUCCGAAUCGAACCAUGCGAACAGCCAGCAUCCAGCAUCCUCACCAUCGCAGAAUUCCGUCACGAUCAGUCGUUCUAUUCUUCGCUACCAGGAUUGGACAUUCUUUGGGACCUGAGCAUAUCGCAUCGGACGGUCAAGCUCAUUUUGGACGCUGCGAGUAUCAUCAUCGUAUCUCGGCCGGACCACAUCGAAGCGACGGAAAACAUCUCUCUCUCUCUCUCUCUCCCUCCCUCACAAUGCAAACGCCAGCAACACCGUCCUCCCUCCUCUUCGGCCGCCCACCCAACAUCGAACCAAUCGGAUUCUCUCGCCCACCACCAGAAACUCCAUCUCUCUUCUUCACCCUGA